CAGCUCUAUGACACUUUUUGUCCUCUCUUGUGGAAUUUUAGAUUUUCUUCAAAAAGGGUCCAAAACACCGAAAAAUAUUUCUCCGCCAUUAAUCUUUUCACUUUCUCUCGCUCUCUCUGCGAUCAUGCUUCAGAGCUUACUUCCUCAAUCCUCCAUUAAUGCGAAUCACAACUCUGCCUCUGAUUCCAAGAUGAGAACCAAGCGUAUCGAUCGUGAUUCUCGUGCCGGCGAAUCCUCCGGCGAAAAUGAAGGUGAUCAAGCUCGUAAAAGACAGAAUACAGGUAAAAGUCUCGCCGGAGGUUAUCCAGAGGAAGAAAUCGUUGUCGUCGGAGGUGAAUCUAAUGGUCUCCGCCUUCUAAGACUACUUCUACAGUGUGCCGAGGCCGUUGCCAUGGAUAACCUCGACGAAGCCACUGAAAUUCUGCCAGAGAUAUCUGAACUCUCAUCUCCUUUCGGUUCUUCACCUGAACGCGUCGCGGCGUACUUCGCUGAAGCUCUUCAAGCUCGGAUCAUAAGCUCGUGUCUCGGUACGUAUACUCCACUCAAUCACAAAACCCUAACCUUAGCUCAGAACCAGAGGAUUUGCAGUGCUCUUCAAUCUUACAAUUUGAUCAGUCCUUUGAUCAAAUUCUCCCAUUUUACUGCGAAUCAAGCCAUAUUUCAAGCCCUAGAAACUGAAGAUCGUGUCCACGUUAUCGAUCUGGAUAUAAUGCAGGGCCUUCAAUGGCCAGGAUUGUUCCACAUCCUCGCUUCGAGAUCGAGGAAGAUACGUUCGAUGCGAAUCACCGGUGUUGGAUCGUCGAUCGAACUCCUCGAGGCCACCGGUCGACGACUUUCCGAUUUUGCUAACUCGCUUGGGCUACCGUUCGAGUUCCAACCGUUAGAAGGCAAGGUUGGGAAUUUCACCGAUCUGAGUCGACUCGCUCCGAGAAACCAAGAAGCGACGGUUGUGCACUGGAUGCACCAUUGCCUAUACGACGUAACCGGGUCGGAUUUCGGGAUGCUGAGGCUGCUUAAGAUGUUAAACCCGAAGUUGAUUACGAUUGUUGAGCAAGAUUUGAGCCAUGGAGGGAACUUCUUGGAGAGGUUUGUGGAGGCUCUGCAUUACUACUCGGCAUUGUUUGACGCGCUGGGUGAUGGGUUGAGUUACGAUAAUUCGGACAGGCAUCAGGUGGAGAAGCAGUGGUUCGGGUGUGAGAUCAGGAAUAUUAUAGCGGUUGGAGGGCCGAAGAGGACGGGUGAGGUGAAGAUGAAGAGGUGGGGGGACGAGUUGUGUAGAAUCGGGUUCCGACCGGUUUCACUCAGUGGGAACCCAGCUGCUCAGGCGAGUAUGUUACUUGGUAUGUUCCCUUGGAAGGGUUACACUCUAGUGGAGGAGAGUGGGUGUUUGAAGUUAGGAUGGAAAGAUCUACCUUUGCUCACUGCAUCCGCUUGGCAGCCGUCCGAUUGAAAAUUGAUCCUUCUUGAACGGUGAUAAAGCUGAAGUGGUGGAAUUUGGUUUGUGGAGUGAAGAGCACUGGAUCAAUUGGACCCAAUCAGAUCAUGAUUCAUGUGAAGGUGUUGCUACAGUGCAACGUGGUGAACAUGGAUAGUGGGCCCCACCUCGUUGAUUAGUGGGGUUGGAGAAUCAAGAGUUGCAUCACCAUUGGAGGGCUACAAAUCUUCCCAUCGUAACAUCGGGAUCAUGGAGUGAUGAGAUCUGUCGUUGCAUGGGCCCACGUGUUGGGAACAGGGAUUGGGCGGUGGAGAUGGAUGACAGGGCAGAAAAUUUGUUCAAUGUUUUGAUUUGAUUGAUGCGUAAACAAAAUGAAAUAUUCUACCUGUCUCCUUGUCU